CGACCUCUGAGCAGUGACACUGACAGUGCAGCUCGGAGCUCACGAUCGCCCUGUAGCUGUAGCCGACCAGCAGCCGUUUACCAGCACGUCAAACUCCAAGAGUGUCUUCAGCCACCCUGCUCCAUGGCGGCGGCUCCUCAUCGGCCUCGUGUAAUGAUGCUGCCCUUCGCCGCGCAGGGCCACGUCAUGCCCCUCAUGGAGCUCUCCCACCGGCUCGUCGAGCACGGCUUCGAGGUCGUCUUCGUGAACACAGACUUCAACCAUGCCCGCAUCCUCGCGACCAUGGCAGGAGCGACCCCCGCUGGCGGGAUCCAUCUGGUCUCCUUCCCGGACGGCAUGGACCCCGACGGCGACCGCACGGACAUCGGCAAGGUGCUCGACGGCUUGCCGGCGGCGAUGCUCGGCGGCCUCGAGGAGACGAUCAGGUCCAGGGACAUCAGGUGGGUGGUGGCCGACGUGUCCAUGAGCUUCGCGCUGGAGCUCGUCCACACGGUGGGCGUGCGUGUCGCUCUCUUCUCCACCUACUCGGCCGCCACCUUCGCGCUGAGGAUGCAACUUCCCCGGAUGCUAGAGGAUGGCAUCCUCGACGAAACAGGGAACGUGAGAAGGAACGAGAGGGUCCAGCUAGACUCCAAGAUGCCGGCCAUCGACGCCUCCAAGCUUCCCUGGACCAGCCUCGGCAAGAGCCCAGAGUCACGGAGAGCCAUGAUCCAGAGCACGCUCACGACCAACCCGACACUAUCGCUCGCCGAAACCAUCGUCUGCAACACGUUCCAGGAGGUCGAGUCCGUGGCGCUGGCCCGCCUCCCCGUACCGGCGGUCGCCAUCGGCCCGCUGGAGGCGCCCAAGUCGGUGUCGUCGGCGGCGGCGGCCGGCCAUUUCUGGGCGCAAGACGAGGCCUGCCUCCGCUGGCUCGACGCGCAGGCUCCCGGCUCGGUCGUGUACGUGGCGUUCGGGAGCCUGACGGUGUUCGACGCGGAACGGCUCCAGGAGCUGGCAGACGGGCUGGCGCUCACGGGGCGGCCGUUCCUGUGGGUGGUCCGGCCGAACUUCGCCGACGGCGUCGGCGAGCGCUGGCUCGACGGGUUCCGGCGCCGCGUUGGAGAAGGCAGGGGCCUGGUCGUCGGCUGGGCUCCCCAGCAGCGCGUGCUCGCGCACCCCUCGGUGGCGUGCUUCGUCACGCACUGCGGGUGGAACUCCACCAUGGAAGGGGUGCGGCACGGCGUCCCGUUCCUUUGCUGGCCCUACUUCGCCGACCAGUUCCUGAACCAGAGCUACAUCUGCGACCUGUGGGGCGUCGGGUUGAAGGUGUGCGCCGACGCCGACGAGAGGGGCGUUGUCACCAAGGAGGAGAUCAGGGACAAGGUGGCGCGGCUGCUUGGGGACGAGGCGAUCAAGGCGAGGACGGUGGCCUUGAAGAGCGCAGCGUGCGCCAGCGUCGCGGACGGAGGGUCCUCGCACCAGGAUUUGCUCAAGUUAGUGAAUCUGCUGAGAGAGAAAUAGCCUACAGCAUGUCAGAAAUGUUUUUCAGAAGUUGAGUGGUUAUAUAUUCAUCAGUAGCACAGACGUGAAGAAAAUAAAAGUAGAUGUGCAGACAUGCAUUGUUUCAGGCGACAAUAGAAAGGAUUGUUCACAUUUUAAACUGUAUCACUAGAGAGCCAGCGCGAUGCCAUAUGCUUCCCCCAUUACUGAAUAAAUGAAUUCAGCUGAAUUAAAUUU